AUGACCCAGAUAACCAAGGUUGCUCUGGUUGGUCCCACUGGAAACCUCGGACCUUCCAUCCUCGAACAACUACUCAAAGCCGGAUUCCAAGUGACGGUCCUCACUCGGCAGGGCAGCACACACACCUUCCCGGACUCGGUGACGGCCAUCCCCGUCGACCUUGAUUCCGUCGACUCUCUUACUAGUGCUCUCCAAGGGCAGGAUGCGGUCGUCUCCGUCGUGGGCAACGGGGUAUUCGACAAGCAGCACAACCUUGUAGAAGCAGCCGUCAAGGCUGGCGUCAAGCGAUUCAUCCCUUCCGAAUUUGGCUCGAAUACACCACACGAGAAGACCCGAACGAUACCGACUUUUGCGCCCAAGAUUGCGAUCCAAAAAGAACUAGAGGACAAGGCCAAGACUACACCUCUCACUUACACAUUGAUCAUCAAUGGUCCGUUCCUCGACUGGGGUCUUAAGGUCGGCUUCGUUCUUAACGUCAAGGGGAAGAGUGCACAGCUCCUUGACGGUGGCGAUCGAGUAUUCAGUGCCACGACCCUCUCCGGGGUGGGCAAGGCCGUCGCCGGAGUUCUAAAGCACCCCGACGAGACUAAGAACAGAGCUGUCUAUGUCCAGGAGACGGCCACCACACUCAAGGAUCUGCUCGAGAAGGCCAAGAAAGCGGCUGGCCCUGAUGGCUGGACCGUGGAAGAGGUCCCUGUCGCCAAUCUAAUUGCCGCCGCUAACGAGGAGCUUAAGAAACCGAAUCCAAACCCAGCUGUCUGGGCUUACCCUUAUGUCAAAGCAGCGAUCUGGGGUGAAGGAUAUGGGUCUCACUUCGAGAAGCUUGACAACGAGCUGUUGGGAAUUAAGGAGUUGAGCGAUGGCGAAUUGCAAGCUCUUGUAGAUAGCAUUGCGAAGGCAUAA